UUUCACAAGAUCCAUACCGAUUGUUUAAUCCUUUAUAUUUUAUUGAUGUUCAGCCUAUUCAAGCCUAUUUCUUUUUCAUGUGAAGAAAUAUCAAUAGUUUCUGAAUUGCUAUAAAUUUGUCAAUGAAGUAUUACAAUUUUAAUAGGUAUUAGGUAAUACUUUUCUUAAUAAAAUGGAAGAUUUAUCAGAUUCUCCAAUUGUCUGGGAAAGUGAAUCUUUUGAAGAAGAAAAACAAAUAUGGUUUGUAAAACAACAUAUCAUGUUUUUAAUUGAUGCUUCAAAACCAAUGUUCAAUACUUAUAAUAACACAACAUUUUUUGCAACAAGUAUUACACUUUGCAAAAAAGUAGUUUUGAAGCUUAUUAGAGAGAGCAGAAAUGAUAAAAUAGGUAUAUUGAUAUAUGGUACAGACGAUAAUAAUAGAAAGUGUCCCAAGUAUAUUAAUGUGUUAUCUGAACCAUUGAAACCUAACAUUGAAUUAAUUAAAAAGCUUGAUGAUAUUCUAACAAGUAAACCUAUUCAAACUGGUCAAUCCCCAUUGUCACCACUAUCAGACGCAAUAUGGUAUGGUAACUAUCUUAUAAAAAAAUUUAGUGAAAAUCAAAGCUGUAGUACUAUUAUGCUCAUUACAUGCAACGAUCAACCUGAAAUUGGUGAUUCUAAAAAGCAAUUUCAUCUAAGAACAAGAAUUGAUGAUGUUAUUAAGAAUAAUAUUGAUUUUAAACUUAUACCCAUUGGUACAAGAUUUAACAUGAGCCUUUUCUAUGAAAGUCUUCUUAAGAACUUUAACAAUAUUUCUAAGCCUAUCAAAGGACUAGAAAGUAUAGAUGAUAUUAUGUUAGAAAUCAGUAACAAAUUGAAACAUGGUAGAAGUGUAUCCCAAGUAAAAUUCUUUAUUAAUAACAACUAUUGUAUAUCUACAUCAUUAUACAGAUUUUAUUCAAAAGCAAAAAUACCAUCAAAAGUUAGGCUGGACAAGAAAACUAAUAAACCAUUGACUAGUAAUACUCAAGUAUUUACAAUAGACACUAAUGAACUGAUGUACAAAUCUGAUCAAGCUAAAUAUGUGGUAUUAGCAAAUAAAAAAAUAAUAUUUAGAAACGAAGAUUUAUCAAUUCUAAAAAAUGGCAUCCUAGAACCUGGUAUUAGAUUACUUGGUUUUACAAAUAAAGAAAAUAUCUUAAUAUCAUAUCAUUUUAAGACUUCCAUCUUCCUUCGCCCUAAUAAUGAUGCAGAAGAAGGUAACAUACGUUUGUUUAAUUCUCUUAUUGAAUGCUGUUUGGAAAAAAAUAAAUAUAUAAUGUGUUUCUUAAAAAUUCGGAAAGGAGGCAAGAUUCAUUUAUGUGCUCUUAUACCUCAAGAUGAGAUUAUAGAUGAAACUGAUACUCAAAGCCAACUAUCAGGAUUUCAUGUCAUAUUUCUGCCAUUUAAUGAAUGUUUGAAACCAGUAAAACCAUUAGAACCAACAGACGAUGAAUUUCCAACAAGUACACAAAACUCAAUAGGCAUGAAAAUAUGUGAAAGUAUGCCUAUCAAUUAUUAUCCAUCACUGAUCAAGAACCCUAAAAUAAACUUUCAUUGGGCAAUGUUGGAAUCCUUGGCAUUGGAAUCAGAAAUGCCAGAUGUUGUAGAUGAAACACUUCCAGCAAAUGAUGUUUUUGAUAAAAAUUUAAGUGCAAUAAAAGAUGAUAUAUAUGAACAUCUUUUACCACAUGUUUAUAGUCAAUCAAAGACAAAUAAAAGAUCCGAUUUGAGUAGUCAACGCGUAAGUGCAAAAGGAAGAAAAAGAACAAAAUAUUCAGUGAUUGAAAGUCAAAACAGUAAUGAUCAGUAGAAUACGAUUAUCUUUAAAGUAAUUACCUAAUGAUUUUAAUAUAAUACUACGGUUAAGGUAUAAUUAAGUAUACUGAAAAAAAUUGUUAUAAAUGUUUUUGAUUUGUAUGCAUAAUAAUUAAAUAUAUAAUCAUUUAUUAAUUUACUUAUUUCCAACUCGAAGGCUUGCACUAGUGAGAAAUCAUUAUUUUUUUAUCAUCAAAAAUACGUGUGAUUUUACUGAAAGAAAAACUAGCGACUCAAAGUUGCUUGACCCACACUUCCCGUAAAUAAUAUUGGUCAAAUAAUUAACAGCAUGA